AUGAUGCACCCACCAAUGGGAAUAUCCGACGUCGGCAUUCUUGACCUCCUCGAAUCUGAUCCCCGACCGACCUUUAUCGUCGCUACGACACCGACCCAGACGCAGCAGCCAAUCUACGCGAACCCCGCCCUCCGCGCCAACGCCGCCCUCCAUGGCCGGGUCAUCGAGGUAUCCAAGUCGCGCCACGGCCCUUUCUGGGACUGGCUCACCUUCGCCUCUGCCUCUGACAUCGGCACCUACCCCUUUGCCUUCGAGAAUGUAUCCUGGACCCGUUCGAUAGUUCGUGACAGGUGGGCCGUCAUAGGGGCCAACGAUCGAUCGCCGGCAGACGAGUGCUUCCCCGAGUCUGCCCUCAACCACUGGGGCAACACCAACCAACUUUUCCACAAGCCUGUCGGCCAUGGAACUACCGUCGACGACGACGAUGGCUGGGUAACAGAUUUCGUACCAGACCACGACUCCUUUGCCAACGUGCUUAAGACCUUCAACUGGGCAGAGACGCCGCUCGGCCCGCUGUCCCGCUGGCCUUCCCUCCUCCACCAAACGUUUGAUCAAGUCCUCGCCGACUCGAGGCCUAUAGCCAUAUACUGGGGCGCGCAGUUGACCACCCUGUAUAACGAAGCAUUUAGCAAACUAUGUGGCCCCAAACACCCGGCUUUGCUAGGAAAAUCGGUAGAGGAUGCCUGGCCUGACUUCUCCGAGAAGAUCAAGCUAGCCAUGUCUACGACUGCCUCCAAGCACCGAGUAGGUGACGAGGACGAAUGGCGGUUCUUUGUCGAGAACAACGACGGAAGCCUCGAGGAGAAAUACCUAAAGUGGUCUAUCACCCCUAUCAUUGAAAAGAAGAAGUGCCUCGGGUUCAUCCAGCCCAUUCAAGACACCACAUCCACGAGGCUCUGGGAACGGCGCACUAAGAUGCUGAUUGACUUGGGUGACACGCUGGUUUCCGCACGCGAUGUCGAGUCGUACUGGGCCAAGCUUCUUCAAGAACUUGAGGCUUGCCGCCCAACUUACGACAUCCCCCUCGCCAUCCUCUACUCCGUCCAGGAUAACCUCAACUCCACGACACCGGAGAAGGUUUACAGGCUCCAAGGAUGCCUCGGUGUUCCAGAUGGCCACCCCAUCGCUCGAUCGCCCCUGCGCCUCGACGGGAGUGAUGGGGGCCUGUCGUCUUUUGCAGCAGCCGCAAAAUCGCAUGGGCCGAUUUUGCUUCAGGUCAAGGACGGAACACUACCCGAGUCUUUAUUCAAGGAGCUAUGCUGGCGCGGCUUUCGGGACCCCUGUCGCGAAGCCGUCAUCUGUCCCAUACGUCCAACCAAAGACGAAGACGUAUCGGGCCUGCUCGUUCUCGGCCUGAAUCCCCGCCGCCCUUAUGACAACGACUACCGACAGUACAUAUCGCUACUCAACCAGAAGUUGAACACGACGCUGGCCUCGAUCGUGCUCCUCGUUGAAGAAGCGCGGAGAGGUCGUAACAUUGCCGAACAAGCUGCUUACGAUCAGGCCUUGUUGAAAGAAAAGCUCGAAACCAAGACGCGAGAGGCGACGGAGUCGGUGCAUAAGUUUCAACAGAUGGCCGAGUUCAUUCCUGUCGGCAUGUGCUUUGGUAAUAAUACCGGCGACAUUACAUUGGCAAAUGACGCGUGGCACCGUAUCACGGGGGCCACUAAAGCGAACCCCCUCACCGCGGAGGGUUUCCUGUCUUGUGUUAUCGACGAAGACAAAGCUAAUAUUAAGCGCGCAUACGAAGAACUUGAGAAAACACUGAGCGUCACAAUCGAGUUCCGAGUUCGACGGUCGCCGGACGACAACUACCCACUCCUGCACCCGAUUGGUAGCUCUCCUGGUUUCGAGAAAGUAGGGUUGGACUUGGAAGCGGAUGACGGAGGCCUGCGCCAUAUCUUAGGUUCGCUUAAAGCCGAACGGGGUCCCGACGGCAACAUCAAUCAGGUUCUUGCAUGCCUGACGGAUGUAACACUACAUAAAAAGGCCGCCGAAGAAGCCAUCCGCAAGGCCCAGCAAGCGGAGAAUCUCAAACGGAUGGCGGAGCUCGCAACCGUAGGCAUGUACGAUAUGACCCUCGACGGCCGCUUGAUUGGGGCGAACAAUGUGUUUUACGAGAUGUGCGGCAUAGAGAGGGUGGAUCUGUCCCGCGUGCCGGUCAAGCCCUUCGAAGUUUGCGUCGUCGAUGACGAUAUGCCUACUCUGAAGAAGACGUUAGUGACACUUGUUAGAGAAGGCAAAUCUCAGACCGCAGAACUUCGGCUAAAGACGUCGUGGACCGAGACAGACACCGCCGGAGAUCUGAUCGUCGCCCCUCGCUGGGUCCUGGCAACCUUUAUGCCGGUAAGCAACUCGGAGGGCGCCAUCGAAACCUUUACGGGCUGUCUGAGCGAUGUCUCGCUGCAGAAGUGGCAGUUCGAAAAGGAGCGGCAGCGUAAAGACGAAGCCAUCGAAUCUAAGAGACAACAAGAAAACUUCAUCGACAUGACCUCGCACGAGAUGCGGAACCCGCUGAGCGCGAUUGUCCAAUGCGCCGACGCCGUUAUCGGGUGUCUGAUCAAGGCGCAAGAGUUGGUCGAUACGAAAGCUGCCAGGCUUGGCCACACGAACAACUCGAGUCCCUCCGGCAUCCAUAGUCCCUCAGGCAGUAUCUACCGGGAAGGCGCCCAGCUGUUGAAAGACAGCAUAGACAAUGCGGAGACUAUAAUCGCUUGCGCCCAGCAUCAAAAGCGCAUAGUCGACGACAUCCUGACGAUGUCAAAGCUUGAUUCGAACCUCCUGUCUAUCACGCCCAUCACGGUGAACCCAAUCUACAUCGCCCGAGAAGCAUUUAAAAUGUUUGAGGUGGAGGCUCGCAGAGUCGACAUCGACUUGACGAUGGUAGUCGAUCGGUCCCUAACCGACCUCAAUAUCGAGUUUCUCGAACUAGAUCCCUCACGUUUGAAGCAGGUGCUCAUCAACCUCUUGACAAAUGCCUUGAAGUUUACGAAGAACGGACCGACAAGGAACGUGUCUAUUACCAUGAGCGCGUCGAAGUCUCACCCCGAGGGCCGUGCCCCAUCCGUCCAGUUCAUACCCCGAGCCACGGAUCUAGCAUGGCAAGAGGACCAGCCUUUCCCGCCGGUUCCUGAGGAGAACAGGGUCUACCUCAUGUUCGAAGUGAAGGACACGGGGCAAGGGCUUACCGAAGAUGAAAAAUCGUCAUUGUUCCAACGUUUCGUUCAAGCCAAUUCGAAGACUCAUGUGAAAUACGGGGGCUCGGGGCUGGGGCUGUUCAUCAGCCGUAGACUCACCGAGAUGCAGAAUGGCGCUAUCGGCGUGGCAUCCAGUCCCGGCCAGGGCUCGACCUUCGCGUUUUACAUCGAGGCAGAGGUAUCGAGCGAGGAAGCAUCGCAGGAAGCUCGCGCGGCCGCCGAAGCCGUAGGCAAUAUUCUGAAAUCACCAAACAGUACCGUCGGAAAGGGAUUCGGUAGAGGAGCAUUUACCAUGGCCAAGCCGACUAAGAAGCUGCUCGGGCCUCGAAUCGAAGGUGUGCUCCUAGUCGAAGACAACCUCAUCAACCAGCAAAUUACCCGUCGUGACUUGCAGAACAGCGGCUGCAUCGUCGACGUAGCUAAUCACGGAGUAGAGGCAUUGGAGAGGCUUCAGCACACGAACCGGGCCAAUGGCAAGUUUCCUCUCAGCCUCAUCUUAAUGGAUAUAGAGAUGCCAGUUCAGGAUGGCCUCACUUGCACUCGCAAGAUUAGAGAGCUAGAAAAGGCCGGCCGGCUUAAGGGCCCGCGGAUACCGAUCAUCGCAGUCAGCGCCAAUGCUCGCGUAGAGCAGAUCGUGGAGGCCAAAGCUGCGGGCUGUGACGACGUCCUCGUAAAACCGUUUAGGAUUCCGGAAUUGAUCGAGAAGAUGGUGACCGUGACAAGACAACUCGAUAAGAUGGCAGAGUGA